CAGUCACGUGACUGCUGUGAUGUCAGAGUGUCCUUUAGAGGGAUAGAAUCUAGCCGCUACCCUGGCUGCACUGGGCCAGAUUACAAUACACUGAGGCUGGAGGAAACAGCAGCUUGGCAGCUGAAACUGCAGGUACUCCAGCUAGCAGGAUAAGCAGAGAAGGGGCAGCAAUUCAGAGCAAGGCUGAAGCAGCAGUGAAUGGUUACUUCCCCUUCCUCUCAGCCUGAUUGGAUUCCUUCCCUUCCCUCUCAGAGAUUGUCAUCUGCAUGUCCUGACCUCACUACAGGAGCACACACAGGAAAAUGUCUGGUAUGAGAUAUUACCGAGUGAAUAAUACCAGAUCCACAACACAGCCUGAUUGGUGAAUACUCACUAUGGAUAACAAACCACCGUCCCGUGAUCUCUAUCGUGCUGCUUUAUUGCUGAGUGCGGCAGGGGAUGCUCUAGGCUACAGGAACCAGCUCUGGGAAUAUUGCAAGUCUGGGCCGCAAAUACUUAAGGAACUGCAGGAGCUUGGUGGCCUCUCAAGUUUAAGGGUCACCCUCCCUGAUUGGCCGAUCAGUGACGACACCGUGUUACACCUGGCAACAGCUGAGGGUCUGGCCACAGGAAAGCUAGACGAAGAUCUGUACCAGGAACUUGCUGGCAGAUAUGUAUCUGCAAUGUUAGACAUGGAAGGGAGGAAGCCUGGCCCCACCAGCAUUCUGGGAACCUCCCAGCUGCGUCCUGGGGAGCCUGGAGGGUACAAAAUUCCUUUUAACCCUACAGCAACUGGCUGUGGGGCAGCUAUGAGAGCCAUGUGCAUUGGACUAAGGUUUCCUCGGCCCUCGGAGGUCUCUGUUUUGGUGGCGGUCAGCAUAGAGAGUGGGAAGAUGACUCACAAUCACCCCACAGGUUACUUGGGCUCACUUGCUUCAGCCCUAUUUGUAUCUCUCUCUGUGCAGAGGGUUCCUCUGGAGCUAUGGGGAUCUCGCUUACUGGAAACUCUCCCGCUGGCCCUUGAGUAUAUUCGGUCUACAGAGAGUAAUACAGAAAGUCACCUGGAAUCGUGGGAUUAUUUCAGACAGAGCUGGGAAAGAUACCUGUCAGAAAGGGGCUUAUUGCAGGGAUCUGGACCAGCAGUGUUCCCAUCUCCAUAUGGAGCUGCAGAGCGGGACAUUGAAUACAGUCGGUGGAGCCUGGAUGGAUGGCCCGGGAGAAGCGGACACGAUGCACCUAUGAUUGCUUAUGAUGCUUUGCUAAGUGCUGGAGAAUCUUGGGAGGAAUUAUGCCACAGAUCCAUGUUCCAUGGUGGUGACAGCGACUCCACUGGGGUGAUUGCCGGCUGCUGUUGGGGAGCUCUUUAUGGAUUUUUGGGGGUCCCUGAAGGAAACUACAAUGCACUGGAGUACAGAGAGCGUCUAGAAGCAGCAGCUGAUCACUUGCACAAGCUGGCCUGGGGGAAUCUUUAGCUUGAUUGGUCAAUUCGGUUAAUUAGAUUUCCCUCUGUUCCACCAUCAGUACUUACCUCACACACCUGUUUUACCUUCUACUACUUAAAGGGACAUUAAACCCCAUGAUUCAGAUAGCAAAUACAAUUUUAAACAACAUUCCUAUUUAUUUCUGCUAUCUAAUUUGCUUCAUUCUUUAGAUAUCUUUUGUUAAAGAAAUAGCAAUACACAUGCGUGAGCCAAUCACAUGAGGUAUCUAUGUGCAGCCACCAAUCAGAAGCUACUGAGCCUAUCUAGAUAUGCUUUUCAGGAAAGAAUAUGAAGAGAAUGAAGCAAAUUACAUAAUAGAAGUAAAUUAGAAAGUUGUUUAAAAUGGCAUUCUCCAUCUGAAUCAUGAAAGAAAAAAUUUGGGUUUAAUGUCCCUUUAACUAGUUAAUAGGUUUUGCCCCAUAUUCUCUCCUCAACGCCCUGUUAAUCUUUAAACUUCCCACCAUAAUAACACAUUUUGCAAAAUUGCUGUUUCACAGGUAACCAGUGUUAUAAAACAUUUAGAACUGGGGGACCGACACAUCCCCAAAAAACAGGACAAAAGUCUGUAUGUUAGCAUAAAAAAAUAAUUGUCUUUCUCCUUAAUAAUAAAUAAACAUAUUUUGUGUAAUGAACAGAA